UUCGCUAUGCUCUUUUAGAAGUUGUCAGAGGUACCAGUUAAAAUGGCUGGCACGUGGAAAAAUUUGUCAAUCGGACUUUCGUUACCGAUCUGUAACAUUUUAAGGGAACUUAAUUUCGAAGAGCCAACCCCUGUUCAGUCAGCAUGUAUUCCAUUGUUCAUGAAAAACAAAGAUGUAGCCGCGGAGGCAGUUACUGGAAGUGGCAAAACAUUGGCUUUUCUAAUACCAAUUCUUGAAAUGUUGCACAAGAAAGAACCUCUUUCAAAACAUGAAGUUGGAGCAAUUAUAAUUACACCUACCAGGGAAUUAGCAUGUCAGAUAUACGAAGUUUUGUCAGAGUUUUUAAAAAAGUUUCCUGGAAUAACAUCUGCUCUCAUAAUAGGAGGGAAGGACCAAGACGAAAUGAUAGAGGCUUUAAAGAAAAAUGGAGGACACAUAAUUAUAGCAACACCUGGUAGGCUAGAAGCAAUGCUAGAGAAGAAUAUUAACCAAUGCAAUCUUGCCGGAAGAGUUAAGUCCCUUGAGGUGUUAGUACUUGAUGAAGCUGACAUGUUACUUGAUAUGGGAUUCGAAACCAGUAUUAAUACAAUAUUACGUUAUCUUCCAAAGCAGAGAAGAACAGGUUUAUUCUCAGCAACUCAAACAGACGAAGUUGAAAAGUUGAUAAGGGCAGGUCUUCGAAAUCCUGUACGAAUUAACGUGAAAGAGAAAAAGUCUGCAGAAGAUGUUGUAGAUCAACGGACACCAUCUUCAUUACAAAAUCAUUACAUGAUUGUAGACAGUGAUGAAAAACUGAAUCAACUCGUCAACUUUAUUCAGUGUCAUCGGAAAGAAAAAGCAAUGGUGUUUUUCAGUACCUGUGCUGGUGUUGAAUAUUUCUCAAAGUGUUUGCAGGCUAUCCUGAAAAAUCACCAGGUCUUGAGUAUCCAUGGUAAACUGAAACAAAAAAGAAACAAGAUUAUGGACAAAUUCAGAAAAUUAGAAAGUGGACUAUUAAUAUGUACAGACGUUAUGGCACGUGGAAUAGAUAUUCCAGAUGUCAACUGGGUUAUACAGUAUGAUCCUCCCAAGUCGGCAGAAUCGUUCGUUCACCGAUGUGGAAGAACUGCUAGAAUCGGAAAUAUAGGAACUGCUCUCGUCUUCUUAUUACCAGCAGAGGAAACUUAUGUGAAGUUCAUUGAAAUAAAUCAGAAAGUGUAUUUAAGACCUUUGAUAAAGAAGGACGAUGUAAAUAACUAUUUACCGAAAUUGCAAAAUUUGGCAUUAAAAGACAGAGCUAUAUUUGAAAAGGGUGCUCGAGCUUAUGUGUCUUUUGUACAGUCAUACAUUAAACAUGAGUGUAGUAUGAUUUUUCGGGUGAAAUUAUUGGACUUUGGGAAAUUAGCGACAGGUUUUGGACUUUUGAAAAUCCCUAAAAUGCCUGAAUUGAAGGGAAAAGUUCUAGAAAAUUUUCAACCUACUGAAGUGGAGUUAUCUGAAAUUCCUUACAGGGACAAAACAAGAGAAAAAAUAAGGAAGCAGAAUAUAGCCAAAGGCAUAGAAAGUUCAAAGAAAAAACAAAAGUCACGACCUCCAAGAUCAGUUGCAUGGUCAGACAAGAAGAAUCAGAAAGACAAAAAGAAAGAUAGAAAAGAUGGAAAAACAAAAAAUAAGAAAAGGAAAUUAGAAAAGUCUGUAGAAGUUGAAGAGGAUAAUGAUGACGAUGAUUUGGAACAAGAUUUCAAAAUGCUAAAAAAGCUCAAGAAGGGAAAGGUUUCUGUGGAGCAGUUUGAUAAAGAAUUCAUGGACUUGUCAGAUGGUGAAUGAAAGACAGAAAGACAAUUUAUUUAAAUCAACUUUGAAAUUAAAAUUAAGUUAUUUAUA